GCACUAUUUUAAAUACUGUCCUUAUUUUCCGGCCUUUGUCCCCCUAUUAUUUGUGACUUUUCUUCAUCUAAGAGGUUGAGAAGCAUGGGGAGAAAAGAAAUCCAAGGACUGAGUUAAACUGUUGAACAGGGCGGAUUUUUCCUUUAAUAUAACCACUUGGCACCUUUGUGCUGAAGCCCUGGCUGAAGAGAGUUUCUGCAAAUAAAAAAUGCCUUAACAAAAUUUAACUGCUAGUGCUGUAGGACAGCAACAACACUAAGCAGCAGUAUAACAGUUUCCAAGACCCCCCAGAAACGGUGAUUCUUAAGGACAGUCCUACGGCUUUACUGUAAAUAAGAAACUUGAUCCUGGUAGCAUAAUUGUUUUCCUCUUUUUAGUAUCCUGUCAAAUGGCUGCAGAUCGCAGGCGAGUGAAUACUAGUAAAUAUAUGCACGAUUCAAUGUACCAUCGUUUAUAAAGAGUUUAAAACAAUCGAAGAAAUUCCGUCCGAGUUGCUUCCCCGGCGUAAACAAAGACAUUUUGAUAAGAAUAUUCGACGAAGUCCUGGUGUAUUGCUUGCAGAGUGUUUCUGAUUUCCUAUUCAAACCAUUGCUCCUGGCACAAGGACAUAUCCUAAUUUCAUCGUAAGGUAAUUGUAUGGAAUCAGUAAGAUUCUCAUGCCUGUGUUUAUGUCUGGUGUUAAUGAUAAACGUCACACGUAGUAAACAGCCAACAUUAACUUCAAAACACCCACUGGCUUUUAGUAAAAUUAGUAGUUUGGGAGUGUAGUCAAGGAAGUAGUGAAGCGGAGGCCGGAAGUGGGAAGAAGGGAGGACUGAAGCACAUUUAAACGGCAAAGUAUGCAGAUAAUUGGAAUAUCACGCUGUUAUUGCAGUAAAGGACAUGGGUGGAGAGAAAAUAAAAGAUGGUCAUAGUAUGACUUGGUUUUUUAAUAUUAUCUUAGCACUGAAGUGAAGUAUUCAGAUAAUGGAAGAUCAUUCUCCGCAAUGUCUCUGGGACGGCUCUUGCGACGUGCCUCCUCCAAGGCCUCUGACUUCCUGACCCUUAACUCCAGUGGUGGAUCACCUUCUGCACUAGAUGGAGAGAUUAUUUACUCCAAAAACAAUGUCUGCGUCCACCCAACAGAUCAACUGCAGGGUCUUGGGGAGCAUCACCCAGGUUACCUCUGCAUACACAUGGAAAAGGAUGAGAUGCUUGGGACAACCCUUACUCUUACUUGGGUUCCAAACUCUCGUAUCCAGAGACAGGAUGAAGAAGCCCUACGCUACAUUACUCCUGAGAGCUCCCCUGUGCGCAAGGCUCCCAGAAGGAGGUCACGGUAUUCACAAGGUUCUGGUUCCCUUCAUUUUAGCUCCCACAGUGAAAAGAAACAAACGGUGACCUUGCAAGAUGAUGAAAUGCACAUUUCUUCUCCAUGUGUGACUAAUGCAAACCAUGGUGAAAAUUCACUGGAUGAUCAGUUAAAAACAUUACCACAGUCUUUGACACUUGACAGUAUACAGAACAAUUCAAUGCCCACUCAAAGUGACUCAGGAAUUUUAUCGACAAUCACUUCUCAGGAAGAGCAUAGUGAGUCUGAGACAUUGUCCACUGAGAAAGGAAAAGAAUGCCACUCUAGAACAGAGCAGAGUGAAGUCGAAGAUGAAGGGUCAUAUGACUUGUCUGCUGAUGAUGUCAGCAGGGAUAGCACCUUUGGAUCUGAUUCUGAUACAUUUUCAUCUCCGUUUUGUCUGUCUCCCAUCAGUGAAGCCCUUGCAGAAAGCAGCAGCUCUGUGUUUUUAGAUAAUGAAAGCAGAGAUUUUUGUGAAGAUAAGUUAAUGCAUUCUGCAAACCAAGUUAGCAAGCAUACUUUGCAGCUGAAUUUAGGACUGCGAACACCCUCACAAUUACACAACACUGGUUGGACAGAGAGAAGAAAAUUCUCCACUUUGGAUCAUAUGUAUGGAGUUUUUACAGUUGAGUUAGGAUGCAUAUAUAACUUGCCUGUUUUUAUUACUUUUAGUGAUGAAGCUUGCACGUGUGGGCAGUUGGUCAUUGCCAGUAGAGAAAGUCAGUAUAAGAUCUUCCAUUUUCACCAUGGUGGCCUAGAUAAACUUGCAGAAGUGUUUCAGCAGUGGAAGUACUGUACAGAGACUCACCUGAAAGAUCAGGUUUCUGAUGAGAAGACAUGCAUGCAUUUUUCAAUCCGACGUCCCAACCUGCCGUCUACAGAGACCCACCCAGAGGAGAACAUGCACAAGCGCCUGAAUGUUACCAUCUGGCUGAAUCACCUGAAUGAAAGUGGACAGGUUGAAGAGGAGUACAAACUACGCAAAGCUAUCUUUUUUGGAGGGAUAGAUGUUUCAAUCCGAGGAGAAGUGUGGCCUUUCUUACUCCACUACUACAGCUGGGACUCCACUUCUGAGGAUAGAGAAAACUUGAGAAUGAUGAAGAAGAAACAGUAUCAAGACAUCCAACAGAAGAGGUUAUCCAUGAGUCCAGCAGAACAGAAGGAAUUCUGGCGGAAUGUGCAGUUUACAGUUGAUAAAGAUGUAGUGCGAACAGAUCGUAGCAAUCAGUUCUUCAAAGGAGAGGACAAUCCAAAUGUUGAGGCCAUGAGGAGGAUCCUACUUAAUUAUGCUGUGUAUAAUCCUGAGAUGGGUUACUGCCAGGGAAUGUCCGAUCUUGUGGCUCCCAUACUAACAGAAGUCCAGGAUGAGUCUGACACUUUCUGGUGCUUUGUGGGACUUAUGCAGAACACUAUUUUUAACAGUUCACCCCGAGAUGAUGAUAUGGAAAAACAGCUUAUGUACCUGAGAGAACUACUGCGCCUGAUGCACCCCAGGUUUUACCAGCAUCUUGUAUCUCUUGGAGAAGAUGGAAUGCAGAUGUUGUUCUGUCAUCGCUGGAUCCUGCUUUGCUUUAAACGCGAGUUUCCAGAUGCAGAAGCAUUACGCAUCUGGGAAGCAUGCUGGGCACACUAUCAGACUGACUAUUUUCACCUCUUCAUCUGUGUGGCAAUCAUUGUUAUCUAUGGAGAUGAUGUAGUCGACCAGCUGCUGGCCAAUGAUCAGAUGCUGCUGCAUUUCAGUAACUUGACUAUGCACAUGAAUGGGGAGUUGGUACUCAGGAAGGCCAGGAGCUUGCUUUACCAAUUUCGACUUCUGACCCGGAUUCCAUGCAGCUUGCAUGAACUCUGCAGAUUGUGUGGCACUGGAAUGUGGGACAGUGGUUACAUGCCAGCAGUUGAGUGCACAGGAAACCAUCCUGACCUGGAGAGCUGCCCCUUUGGAGGAACUGUUGAAGUGUCAUCUCCAAAUCUAGGCACUGAGGCCAAAAGGGGCAUAAAAACAAGAGAUGUUUUCAACUUCCGAAAGUAAUCCUUCAGCAUACAGCAACAAGUUGGAAGAAGUGCAUAGUUAAUAUGUUGAUGUUAAACAGGUUUGAUAAAAAGCCCUGAAGUAUGACUGAGAAGGUGAGUCACCAGUGGAAGAAAAUAUAAGUGCAAAUACAGGGACAUCAAAUAAUUAGAAGGGUUACAAAAUGGUACAAAUGAAAAAUUGUAUUUUGAGAAGAGCAAGAAUACAGCACAAACACUUAUAAAGCAGAAGUUAAAUGAAGGAACCCAUAUUUACAUUAAUGGAACAGACAUUGAAAUCUGAAGCCUUUUUGAAGCCAGUAAAUUUGAAGUCAUAGAAUGAACUAUUGGGCUUUUUUUUUUGCUCUAUUACACCUUCGUGGAGCUGGGAAGUACGAGAUGAAGAUGGUAUAAUGAAGUAUAAAUGAAAAAAGAGCACAGAAACAUUUGUCUUCAACUGUUUUUUCUGGGAUACUCUCAAUUCAUUCAGAAUAUAUUUCCAUAACUAUAUGCAUCUGUCAGCUUUUAUUUGAAAUAACAACAAUACUGAUAUUAUUGGAUCCACCCCUCUCCAGGCUUCAAGGUGAAGCAAAAGUGUCUGUUACUUGCAGAUUAUUCACUUAUGUGGUAUUUUUUUCCUCUUAAUUGACUCUUCUGUAUUUGGGUAGACAGAUGUGUGUAUAUGCGUAGAACUCCAAAUAACUAAAUAAUUACAGGUGCUGGUGGGUGUUUUAUUUUUUCUAAUUUUGUAUUAAGUUAUGGGAGAAGUAUACAGGAACUUGGUUCCACCUCAUAAAUAAAUGCUGCAUUUCUGUUCCUGUGCCUUCUUGAGCCCAGCCAGCACCUUUUCCUUUGGUAAAGGAACUUGUUUGUUCUGCCAGGUAUGACAUACAGAUAACGAUUCCCAUAGCAGGUGUAUUAUCAAUGUGGUAUGAUCCUGUUAUGGGACAAAUGCAGCUGAAGGAAAAAAACUUGGCUGACAUUUUUGUGCUCAGUAUUAGAUUGUUGAAAAGACUGAUCAAGUUCCUGUCAGUAAUGCAGUACUAUAUUAUGCAGAACUUUGAAAACAUUUGUCACUGUUCACAAAUUCUAUGCUGUUUUUGUACGUCUUAACUGAUACCAACUAUGCCAGGAAAUGCUUUACAUCUUUAAUGAGGCUUAUGUGACACUAUUGGCAUCUAUGACAGGAAUAAUUUAAAUUCUUUUUCCAGUACCAGCUGCAGAGUUGCACCUAUUCAAAACUGUUUUAUUUUCAGCAUAAAAACUAAAGAUUUGAUGUUGCUAAACACUUACUGAGGAAUACAGAGGAUUGAUGCCACAGGUGAUAGCAUCACUUGGUAUGCAACACCUUUAGUGCAUUUACUCACCUGGAUGAAUCUAGCUGUUUCCUGUCAAGUUCAGAAUUUAUGUGGUCAGCUACUAAAUCUUUUCUAGGUUAAGGUCACCUUCCACAUGCCCAGACAGUCGACAACUUAAGCAGAGUUGGAGAAAAUCAGCAGUGUGGACCCCAAGCACUUCAGAGCUUUCCUGCUGCUGAAGAGUGAUCCUCUUGUAAGCUUUCAGGUGUUGACAGUCAACUAACAUUUCCCCAUUACUAGGCAGAAGUUCCUUUCAAAGAUAAAACCUUCUACAGUUAAUUUUGUAACGCAUACAGUACUUUUUCAAUUUAAACUGUUUGAUUAUAUUAGGAAUUAACGUUUUUUAGAUGUUGUGUGACUUUUCUGUCUAGUUGAAAAGCAGUGGUUUUAUUACUUUCAGUGUAAACAUUGUUUUUCCUAGCAUCUAAUAACUGUAAAUGAGAGAAGUUUAUGGGGCAAGUCUAAGUUGUGCAUGUUGUUAAGGUGAAAACACUAGUUUUUCAUACUUACCUUUUACCCAGGUUUCAAGCUUUCUGAAAUAACUUUAGUUCCUUGGAUCUUCUGUACUCUGGCCAAAAGAAGAAACUUUCCAGACAGCCUUUGCCCCUUCAGCAGACUACUACUUUUCCUCAACUGCAGAUGGAUGACAAUGUUGUGGCCAUUUCUGAUUCCUCAGAACACUUAUUUUCUUCCUUGUUUUAUUCUGGUGUAGUCCCUUUUAGAUACUAUGAACCAGGGGUUAGACACAUCCUCUGCAACUGUUGGGGUGUCUUUGGCAGACAUGGGUGAACCAAAGUUAUUGAUCUCAGAGGAAGUAGUGGGGAAUGUUUCUCUGUUUAGCUGGACUGGCAUGUCUCUUCCCUGGGUGAUGUCCCUGACAGGAGCGAGUCUGCUUCUAUGCAGAUUCAUGUCAAAAAGAAGCAGAAGGGUAAACAUUUUCUUGUGUCUGUUGCCAUAAACAGAUGAUUUAUUGGACCUAGCUCAAGGCUUAACUCAGGCUGUUAAUCCUAAUUUUGAAUUUACUGAUAAGAGAAAAAAAUAAUUCUUCCUUUUUCUGAAGAUUUUCAUUAUGAUGAAUAUGGAAAUGAUUUUGAGGGAACAACUUCUGUUUUUUUUUUCUUCUUCUCAGGAAGCUGAUUCUGAUAUUGAGGAGAGUAUUUCAUCUUAUUGUCCCUUGGAAAUUUUUUUUCUUUUUUUAAAACCAUUUUUAGAAUGAGCCCAUUGUUUCAGUGGGUAUAUAAUGACAUUCCAGUUUGUAUGAAAAAAGUAUUAUGAUUUAUUACAAUUGAAAUUUCCUAAACUUAUUCCUGUUCCUUUUGUUCUUCCAGCUUUGGAGGAUGUUUUAUUUACAGCUUGCAGCCCCUAAGAAGGCAGACAGAUUGUAUAAAGUUCCUCAGUCCUACAAAUUUUAAUUUUCUAAUCUCAGAGCUGACCCUGCAGUGAUUUCAUUGACAAAGCUUUCUACAGCUAAACAUUUAGUAAAUGCUAAUCAACCCCCCUCUGACAAGGAUAGGAAAGUUUUUGAUAGAUUUGGGGAGAAAAGUGUAUUCCCCUGACACUCUUAUUUUUAGAAUUCGUAAUUGGCAGGCUCACAUGUUAAAGCUUUUGCUUGCUUCUUUUAAUAAUACAAUGAAUAUUGUCUCUUUUCCUUUGUCUGAGGGCAAAUAUUCUUUGAAUACUCAUUGCUUCUGUAUCUCAAGUAGUCAAAUAUUCUUUAAAGUGUUCUUAUUACUCAGCUGAUGUCUUUUCCAGAGCAGCAGCUACUGGGUCUGUUAUGAAAAGUUUUGCAUGAUUACCUUCUCAGAAUUUGCCUGAAGAGGUUAACACUGAAACUGUGAAUUGUCUCCUUGAUGGGGAGGUUGUAUUUGGACCAUCUGCUGAUGUGUUCUUGAAAAGGUGUGAUGAAAGAGCGAAAUUGAUUCAAGGUGUACUCAUAUUUUCAACCUUCCUUUAUCCAAAUUUGUUGGAUUUUGUUCUUAAUUCAAGACAUUUUAUAACGAUGGAAAUAAGCAGACUCAGCAAACGUCUGGCAAGCAGAUGUUCAAAGAAAGAGGCAAGGAGGCUCCAGGAAGAAGGUGUGUGUGGAGAGGGGCUCCCAGAAACCAGGAGUCCAGCAAGCCUAAAUGACUAUCUACUAACCCCCCCCCCUCCACAAUCCUUUAAGUCUUCCCCCAAAUCUGGCUCUAUUCUUCCCUAUCUUUGGCAGCAGAUAAUCUCAACAGGGAUAACAGGUGGCAGUGGAAGUCUCUUCCUCCAUUUCAGGGCAUUUCUCUUCAUCCUACAGAUCAAACUUCCUUUUUCCCUUCUGUCAUUCGGCAUCUGCUGACUUGAGCGUGAUAGGACCUGUUCUAUUUUCCUUGACAGGGAAAAGUUUUUAUUCAGGAAUCUUUCUAGUACCAAUGAAAGAAGCCUCAUGGAGACCAGUCCUAGAUCUUUCCUUUCUCAAUCAGUUUGUUUUAAAGUCCAACGUUCAAAAUGCUACCCCUUCACAAUCUGUUGCCUCUUAGUCACCCUUUCAGUGUUUUUGUAACUCUGGAUUUAAAAGAUGUUUAUCAUAACAUUCAUAUAGCCUCAGAUUUCAAGUUUGUUUUAAGUUUUCUGUGUCUGGAUUACACUUUUCAGUUCUCUGCAUUACCCUUUGGUUAUUCACUGUUCCAAGAAUGUUCAUAAAAUGUCUAGCACCAAGUAAUAGCCUAUUGCAGACUUCAAGGUAUUCACAUUUCCUGUUUAGAUGAUAUGGUUGUCUUUGCAGAAUAUUUUUAAGUAUUAUUACUCUCUGACUUGGGUAAGAGAUGAUCUUUGCAGACUGGGUUUCCAGGAGAAUGUUCAAAAGUGUUCCUCCCACAGGACUGAAUUCCUGGGGUGCCCCUAGGCACUUCACUUCAAAGAUAUUUUCUUCCACAUGAAAAUGUAGAUUUAUAUCUAGAUCUAUUCUCGAGUUUUUCCACUAAGUCUAAGACUUCAGCAUGGAAAAUUUCUCAGAAUACUAGAUUUUAGCAUCUAUGACUGUUAUGACUCCUGUAGCCAGACUCCACACAAGAAAGAUUCAUUGAUAUCUAAAGUCUGUGUGAUCCCAGCAUCAAUACUCCAACAUUUUAAUUUUCAGUUUUGGCAUUUGUAAAAAAAGGAACUGCUUUGGUGGAGCAACCAGUUUUGUCUGAAUCUAGGUCUGUCUUCCUCCUUUCCAGCUCCAAUACUGUUUGUAAAAACAGAUGCCUCAGACUUUGUUUGGGGGCCUGUGUUUUGGGAAGUAAAAGUGCAGGGUUUUUGGAACAAAAAGGACAGACCAAAACACACAAACUUAAGUGAUGUGUGUUAUAAUGCACUCAGUUCUCUCAUUCAUUUGUGGUCCCCAGGACCUCUGCAAAUGAUUGCGGACAACACCACAGUUACGUGGUACAUAAAUAAAGCAGGGACUUCCAGAUCUUACUCUGCUUGUGGAUUAGCUAUUGUAGACUUGGAUAUAGCAAUUCAGCAAGUCUGUCUACAGGUGUCUUACAUUCUGUCACAGCAAAACAUUGUGGCAAACAAGCUGAGCAAGACUGGGACAGACCCUCACAAAUAGAAAUUGAAUUAGGGGGUCUUCCAGUAUUUGAUCGAGCUGUGGGGAACUCCUUAGAUAGAUCUGUUUGCCUCCAUUCACAACAAACUGGCAAACUUGUGCUCCAGGAUCCCUUGCAAGCAGACCUGGAAAACAGAGGCAUCCUCUUUUCCUUGGAAGGAAAUGUUCCUCUUUGCUUUUCUACUGAUAUUCAUGGUCAUUCUAAAGAUUCUGAAGGACUCGCCAAAGACCAUUGUGCAACUCUCUUCUGGCCCUGGCAACACUAGGUCUUCCUUCUUCUAGAACUGGCCACAGGAAAUUAUCACAAAUGUCCUCAUAGACUGGACCUACUCAGACAAGACAUUUGUUUUUUGACACACAUCACCUUGAAACAACUUCAGCUAACUACCUGAAUGAUAGAGUGUUGAUUUUGUUAUAAGCAUCUGUUUUCUGAGGACAAGCAGCUGAUAUUACAGAAGACAAAGAAACUUGCUACUAGGAAAUUGCAUAUUAGCGAAUGGAAAAUAUUUUCUAGUUGGUGCAAAGACAAGAACCAUGACCUUUUUAAGGCUAGUGUUUUCCUGAUUCUACAAUAUUUCCUCCGGCCUUUCUUACUCUGUCAAGAUUCAUUAAUCAGCCAUUCAGCAUAUCUGCCCAUGAGUCUCAUCCGCUUUUGAUGUAUUCCCAAGUCAAGAUGUUUUUGAAAAGUGUUUUGCAUACUUUCCCACCUAGACAACAGGGGGCUCAGUUUGAACCAGCUCACCAGACUGAUCUGAAGUUCUUAACUUGGAAAACAGUGCUACUGAUUGGUCUAACUUCAGUGUGUGACAGCAGCCUUCCAUAUCAUGUUCUGCCAAUUUAAGUACCCCAAAGACAAAAACACAGAAAACCAAUAUAUAGGUCUUAUCUUUUGCUAAAUAAUUUGAUAUUUGAAUAAUAAUAAAAAUUGAUGGAAACAGUUAAUAGUAAUACAUGAAAUGUGGGUUGUAGACCUAAGCUGUCUUCAGCUUUGAUAGUGUUAAAGCCACCAUUUCAUUUCUGUAGGCUUCUUCUCACAGACUAGAGAGAGUUUUUUUCAUUAGCUUCUCCUUCUAUGGGGACAUUACCACUUCCUGCCCUGCACACUCAUAAUUAGGCAUAUGCUUGUAUUCUCUCAGUAGGUGAAUUAUGACCAAUUGGUAUUCUCUGUCUAAAGGUGGUGGCAUCAGUUUGUCAUGGACAUUGAGUAGCUGAACUGACAUCCCAAUAUAGGCAUCUACUUCCCUGACUUUGGCUAGACAGAGGUCAGUUCGUCUUCUUAAAUUGGUGUCAUAGCACUUAACAGUGGUUUGCUACUGACAUAAACACAACUGCCAUCACAUGUUCCGAUUCAGCACGCUUCUCUGAUGUCUCUGAGGCAGAUGUUGGCCUUCCAAGUGGCUGCUUUAUUGAACUUGGUUGUAUUCACUCAACCUUGUCCUUUGCACACAGUUCAAGGUAUAGCCCCAUUCCUGUAUUGUUUUAUAGAUUGGAACCUUUUGCAACCAGGGCCAGUGUUUCACUUGAUCUUGUUCGGUCCCUCCCACCAUCAUUUUUUUCCUGGCAAGUGUCUGGGUGGCAAAGGAUUGUAUUAAAUGGCAAUCUCCUGUGUAGUUUUACCUUUCUAAUUCAGUGGUCUUCCCUCCGUCUGCUGGUGUUUAAGUAAAACAGCUAUUUCCUUCCAAAAGGUCUUCCUUAUCUAGCUUCCUGGUAACAAAGAAUCUGGCAAAAUGCCUGCAGAAAAACUAAGCACAUUCAGCAUUAAUGUUGCAAACAGUUAUAUUUGAAGAUCUAAAGUAAGACAAAUGGGCACCAUCCUCAGAUUCCCUUAUAGAGUUUGAAGUUGAUGCAGAAAAGAGCGGGAUGGUACAGUAAUGCCAUCCCAUCCUGGCAAGGAAGGCUUCAAAGAUCAACAGACUGCCAGAGCAGGACUCCUGGGUGGUGCCACAUGGUGUAGACAUCUUUCACAAUAUUGCCUAUUAGGUAUAGGAACACCCUAGUAACCUUCCAUACCUCCUAAGGAAAAGAGCACAAGGUAUUAUGUUCCCCAUUCUCCCCAGAUUCUAGUUGUUAUUGUUGAUAGAGAUACCCAAGGUGUCAAUGGUGUUUUACAGGUGGCUCUAAAGAAGAACUCUACACCUCUUUAUUCAACCAUUCUCCCUCCAAAUUGAGCAGUGAGCUCUGUAUAGGUUGGGAAAGUUAAAUGAGAGUGUAUUCCACUCUGUAGUGGUGACAAAUUGCAUAAGACAGAUUAUUUUCUUUCAGCAUGACUUAUGGAACAAAUUCCACCAAUCUGUGGAAGGAGUUCAAGGAGAGAGGCUAAGACUCCUGAUUUUCACAGCCCCUACUAUGGACAUCCUGAUGGUCCCUUUUGUCCUGUGGUGCAACAUUUGGGACUGCUACAUUGGAAGGAUUGUCAUACAUCAGCACUCCUAACAUCCACCUUACCCCAUUCUCUGAGGAUCGGAAAGCAUCCUUUAUGGAUUACUCUUUUAAAGGGCCCUACUAUUUGGCCCUAAAAUAGAUAGCUGCCUAAAAUCUAUCAGUGAGUAAGGUUGGUCCUGUUUGCAGCAGUGUGUGUGAGACUUCACACUCCACAGAGUUCUCACUUCCUUGAAUUUGAAGAAGCUAGGGAAGGCCUUAGCGCCACUGGAACCCAUAGUUGGAAACAGAAUGUUUUGAGAAACCAGUAGCCCUUCAGUGCCAGUUUCCAGCAAAAAUGUUGUUUCAAAGGAUGGAGUCCUCAGCAGUUGCAUGGCAGCUACAGAACAGUCCAGGAUAGUCAGUAGCUGUCCCGGUGUCCUGUCCCAUCAAGCUAGAAUGGAGGUGAUCAGAGGUAUAUAUUCACUCUGUGUCUUGGCUUGGUUUGUCCUGACAAGCAAUGUGUGGAUAAGGAAGGAACAAUCCAAACCCUAUCAUGUAAGUUCUGUUCCUUUCCUGAACAUGACCCUCACCUAAAAAGAAAAAAAAUAUAUUUUCUCAAAAUAUGUAAAUGCAUAAACAAGAUAGGGUUACCAGCUAAGGCGUUUAGUCUUUUAAUGCAGCCUCCCUUCAAUCUACUCUAUUUUCCAGAAAACCCUGGAUGUACUGUUUAAAAUGUCAAGGUACUUUCUUGCACUUCAUGAUCAGGAAGCAGUUAAAAAUGAAUCCUAACCUCUGAAAAGGUGCUGACAUUAUUGUUUUAGUAACCAGCCAUUCAUCCUUACAUUAGCCCCAGUGGUAUUCAACAAAUAUGAAAGUUGGAUCUGUGGAAAUAAAGAACAGCAUUUUUCUUAUCUAGGUGACUGUCAUCUAAUAAGUUGACAGCAUAGAUGUUUGUCUUGCACACAGUCUCUGCUUCAAACCUUCUAGUCCCUAGGAAUCACUGCAUAGGUUACAUAGUCUAAUCUAAUGCCAACUUAUCUGAUGAGUUUUAUAUACUGUUCCAUCAGUAUGAAAAUGUUUUGAGCAUUUUUACUCCUUAAGAGAGUUUCAGGCAUAUUAUCUUCACGGUCCAUGUCUUUCAUUAGCAGCACUUAUUUCUUACAAAACUUUUUUUCUGGGCUUGAUGACUUGUCUUUCAUUGCCAGUUUGGUACAGCCUGCAACAUUUCAUUUGAGAGUACUCCAGUGGACUGUUAAAGUUUAGUGGUCUCAGAAAUUGAACAUUUUUAAUGCCCCAGUGUAAGUUUCAGAUCUUACAGAGAACACUUACAGUGGUGAAUGAAUCCCUUAGAAAUUUUGAUUAACUAAACUUCUAUAGAACCCUCUCUCAAACUCAUACCAUAGGUACCUGCUGCUUGGAUUAAUGGGAUACUUUUUAGUAGCCAUAUAUGACACAGGGUGAAGAUGAAGCUGCAUAUAAGUGUACUGAAGAUGAGAGAGAGAGAGUAAUCUCUCACUCCAUGUUUUACCUAGAUCUUUAUUUCCUCAAGGUAACAUCCUGGCUUUUCCAGUUCCAUCAUUUGACAGAUCUGGUAUAUUUUCAGCAAGUGUUGCCCCCGAAUAACAGCUUUCCAGAAUCCUACUACAUAAAAAACACACACAGGCAUAUGGAAUGGCUUUUGAUAUCAGCAUCAGCAACCAAUGCGAGACCAAUUUCAUUCCUCUAUAUCUUUUAUCCUUCAGUGCCUUUUAAGCUGUUUGAUGCAACAAGUCUGUUAUUUUGCUGUCAAAGUCCAUUUGGCAGCAGCUUCAAACUUCCAUGUAGGUAAAGAUUUUCAAGUGUUAGCAGCCCUCAGGAAUCUAUAAGGUCUUUCUGUGGGAUACUUUUCUUCUGUGCCCGUUGGUUAGGAACCCUCUGCCACCUUGAGUUAUCCGUUUCAUGUGAGAGAAACUCACCUGUCCAUUUGAAACUACAGCGUAGGCAGAUAUAACAUUUUUGUCAUAGAAGACCUAAUUCCUAGUAGCAUUAAUUUUUGCCAGGUGAUUCUCAGAGCUUCAGGCUCGGUCUGCUCUUUGUUGAGUAGUUCAUAAAACAAAGUUUCCUUGAGCACUACUCUCUUUUUUUAUACCCAUGUUUGCCACAGAAACAAACUUAAACUGUUCUGUCUCUCUUCUUUCUUUUCUUUUCUCUUGCAUUGUGUAGAUUUGCAUAGCAAGCUCUGGUACUGCAUAUAGUGAAACAGAUCUUUAUGUAGAAUGAUCAUUAAUUGUGUUUAUCUUCUGUUAUAAACUUUGGGCAAAUCUCUGCAGGGUUGUCCUAAAGUAUAUUCGGCCAGAGUUCUCCCUAUGCUCGCUCCCAUCUUGCAUGACAAGUCUGUGACUGCUGUUUAUUUUUUCCUUAACACAUUUGCAAAUCAUUACAAACUGGAUACGACCUGGUCUGUGUCAAGGAAAAUGUUCCAUAAGACAGCCAACUGAGAUCAUUAAAGCCGGUGGCUCUGUCCUGUGUAUUCUUGCAGCCAAAGCUCUUUGAUGUUUACAAUGUCAGAUGUGAGAGAAGAGGUCUAGUUGCAAGGAGAAUCCCUCUCUGUCUGCCUGCAUGUUUUUCCUCAUUUCUUUUUUCUUGGUCCACAGCUAAAUUCUUUGAGACUGUCAGUGUAUUAUGGAAGGGACGGGCAGGGGUUGGCAGUCUGGAAAAGUUUGUAGCACCAAGUGGUCCUGACAGAUGUGUCAUCAGUCCUUUGUAUUGUGCAGCUGGAUUUUCCCACAUGCCUUGUAUUAUAGUGUGCCCUUUACUUUUGCUGUACCCAUUACUUCUUAUCUCAACUCAAAGGUAGGACGUUAUGAUUUGUCUUUUUAUUUUUAAGUUCAGGUGCCCUGUUCACGGGUACACUAUAAGUACUUCGUUGUAUGGAAUCAUGUAUUGUAUUUUUAUCAAAUCUGUGAGUCUUUCCUUCUUAACAGGAAGAGGCAUUACUGGAUGUGUGUGUACUGUAUGUGUAGUAUCCAAAUGUACUUUUUUGUGUAGCAGCUGUUCCACAGAGCAGAAGUUGCAAAUCAUAAUUUAGUGUAACUCAUUCACACCUGAUAGCUCUGGAAUGUCUUCUCUCUGUAAGCUUUUAUACAUCAUUGGAUUCCUGAGCAUUUUCUGAAAACUCAAGUCAGAAAACAUGGAAUCAUUCUGCUAAAGUAACUUUCACAGUGUGCCAAAGCUGUAAAAAUAGCUCGUUGCAAGCUGCAUUUAAUUUACCAGAGCUGAAUGUGACUUUCAGAGAAUUUGCUUCCUGACAUUAAUACUGGAAAGGUUUUCAAACAACUGACAAACUCAAAACCAUAAGGCAAACAGAUAUAAAUAUGUGAACAGUAAAUGCUGUUAAAGAAGGUGCAAAGUGCAAACAGCAGUAUUGUUCAGCAAGUCUUCCUUACAGUAAUAUCCAGUGCCUUCACCGUCUUUACAUCAAUGAUGUAAUAUAUUGCAGUGCAAAAAAUAAAUAAUCCUGCAUUGUAUUGUUCUUCACAUUUUCACAAGCGAUUUUGAUCAAAUGAGAAGUGUUCAAUUUAGAUUUAGAAGUAUAGACAACACUUUUGUUCAUUCAGACUUUAAGUUAAACUCGGUGACAAGAAAUUCUUUUUUCUGAAUGAUUGUUUACUGAAAUAUUUAGAGAAAUAUGACAAGUUCACUCAGCUGUGAAAAUAUUCAUUUAAAUAUGAAAAUAUCCAUAACAAACAACAUAUAGUGGUUGAUAUCUCCACAGCAGUACAUCUUGGAUUAACGUCCUUUGUGUCAUUUUUGUUUCUUGAACCUUGUCCUUUCACAUGAAGCCAGCCCCAAGACGUACCUUUCUCAUAAGGAGCUAAGGAUGUUAAAUGAAAGUAUACAAAAAGGUGCUAUAGGUGUGAAUGAGUUAAAGGACAGCUCCACUGAAGUGUCGUUUUGUUUUCUCAUAACAAAAUGCUUUGUAUUCCAUUUGAUUCAACCACAAGGUUAUGUAUAGAGAAAGCAUAAUUUAAAGAAUAUCUUCUUUUUCAGUCUGUAUGUUGUGUUUGUAUUUGUACAAGGUUUGAGUUGUUUCUGAAAUAUGUUUAAUCAUUUCCAUCUGAUAUCUGCCACACCAUCUGCUACCUCACAUUGUCACUUUUAGGUCUUUGAGUAAUGGAGAGGAAGGAAGGGAAAGCUGUAUUUGACUUUAUAGCCUUAACAAACUUUAAUGUGUCACUGCUUUCAAUUUCACCAAAGGUUAAUAGGUAAAGAAUGUAUGGAAAUGCUUUGCUUUGUUUUCAAAUGUAAAUUGUCAGUAAAAGAUUAUUACUAAAACAGUUAAUGACAGGCAGUUUAACAAUACAGAAUAUGGUUUGAUUUUCAAUCUUACUACAGGCUGGCCUUCAGGAAGAUUGAGUGUUAUAUCCACGUUAAAAUUGUUGAUGUUUUCUACUUCCUGGGUAAAUAUCAAAAUUAUUUUUGAAGGAACAUAAUGACUGACUUCUCAACAUAGGGUUUAUUCCAUUGUCUUGGCAUCAUUAUGUAAUGCAGCUGUCAUGUUUUAACUGGUAUUUAUAUUUAAUGCAUUGGAUUUCCCAGUUUGGUGUUAGCUACACCAGUAAUGUAUUCCAGCUACAAACUUUCAGACAGAAUAGGAUCAGACAUUGCUUUCCAGACCAGACAGUGGUCACAUCUAAGUAAACUUGCCAUAUAGACCAGGCAGAGGUUGCAUUUAAAUAAUCAUGCCUUACUUGACCAGUCAUCAGUCACAUUUAAAUAACCUGUAAGCUAUAAACUAUAAUGACAGUUCCUGAAGCUUUUAUAAAUUCUUUAUUGUCUGAUUACUUUCUUAAUCCAUUUUAGGGUUGGGGGGUAGGGGUUGGAGCUGGAAUUUGGAACCAAGCCAUUCUCAGCACUCGCUGGUCAUAGAGCAGUGGAACCUACCAAGGGCAGUACACCAGCAUUUAUGUCAUCAUUCAUUUAUACCUGGUAUGCACAGCUAUGGGCAGUUCAGAGGAAAUUCAGUUCACCUAAACCACAUCUUUGGGAUGUAAGAGAAAACCAGAUCACACUCAAAAGCCAAAGCAGACACAGAGAGGAAGUGUUGACUCUCCACAGAGUUCUGGCAAGGAAUCAUUGAAUAUGUUCAAGUCAUUUCAGGCGCCUUCUUUGAAGAUUACAUAAUGCAGCAUUAUUUAGUAAUGGGUUAGAGAAGUGAGUUGAUUUCCUUGUUUGUGGAAUAUGCUUUUCUGACUUUGAUAAAUAUGUAGUGGCAGAGUUUAAUUUAGUGUCUACUAUUGCCACUAGGCCUUCAAUGAUGGUAUCAGUCUUUUUUGUAAUUUGACCGUUUGUUUCAUAAUUAUCUUGUAUCCUUUCUGCCAAGUCAUAUGAUGCUAUAUUUACUGACAUUAAAGGUGAGGUCAUUACUACUCUA